GGUGACAUUGUGUGCCUUUCGUGCAUCGCAUCACACAAUCGCGAUGGCGUUCUCGGUUCCGAACGUGUCUGCCUUUGCACCGAAGGCUUCGGUAAUCGUAUGUGUACGCUGGAAAACGUUUCCGACAGAGAUAUUCCACCCGACAUAGCAAUAUGCAUGCUCUACAUAGACAACGCACUAUCAAUGAGAGCUCUGCAAGAGAUGAUGUCGGCGGAUUCAGAACAUAAAUCUGCCUCUGGUGCUGGUGGACAUAAAACACUGCUUUAUGGCCAUGCCGUUCAACUGAAACACGUGCAGAGUGAGAUGUACUUGGCGUGCCUUUCAUCAUGCUCCUCCAACGACAAGCUGGCGUUUGAUGUUGGCGUGCAAGAGACGAAUGAAGGUGGGUUUACCACGAGUGUUCAUCAAAACAUUCUUGGAUUUUGA